ACUAAAAAUUCGUCUUUGACCUGGAUUCGCUUCAAACUGUUAAUGGAGAAAUGCGGGGGUUGUAUAAACAAAGAUAAGAUCUACUCCGUAUAUAUGUUUCAGUGAUGCAGCAUAAAAAGCUGGUAGUGGUGAAUACCCACGGGGAGAAGCUUGUGGGCACAUUACAUGAAGUUGGUUCUAAGGAGAUUGUAAUUGUCUGCCACGGUUUCAGGUCGUCGAAGGACCGCAUUCCCAUGGUGACCCUUGCUGCUGCUUUUGAGAAAGCAGGAAUUAGUGCUUUCCGUUUUGAUUUUGCUGGAAAUGGGUACGUAAUUUAUCAGUAGCUUAAGCUGUGUUAUAGAGGUAGUGAAACUGGGGAUUAUGCAUCAAGAUUAGGCAAAACCACUGGUAAAACUUUCAUAAACUGUGCUAAUUUAUCAAGAACUUUGAACUUUGUGUGUGCAUGACAGCGUCAUGAAUUAUGCUUCUCUGCCAUAAAGCUUGUUUGGUAAUAGUGUAGGAAAGGAUAUCAAGCAAAAUAAAUUUUUUGCUUUGUACAUUGGAAAUCGAGGAGUAAUGCUGAGGUAGUGAGGUGAUUGGGGCAAUUAGGAGAAGUGCAGAUGCCCGGUGUUGUUUGAGUCAGGGGGUCUCCCGAAAACAACUUCUCUACCUCCGAGUAGGGGUAAGGUCUGUACACACACGCUCCCUAGACCCUUGUCUUGUGGGUUUUUUUUACUGAGUUUGUUGUUGUUGUACAUUGGAGAUCGAAGUUGGUGGAAAGCGAUUAUGAGUCGGAAAUGUAGUAAUUGUCAACUUGUGCCAAUGAGGUACAUAGAUGUUGAACUUAUUGAUGUGUUAUAAAACAAUGCUAGUGAUUGUCACUUCAUGAGACAACAGUGAACUGUAAAAUUUGAGAGAAACUUUGACAUGUUUUUAAUAAACUGAAUAACUGUGGUUAAUAUUUAUGCUGAAGAGAGAAAUUCAGGGCUAUACCUUGACUCAUUUACGUCGAUUUGGCAUAUUUUUCACGGUUGGGUAAGUUUCUGUUAAAGGGUGUUUCCAUUUGACCUGGAGGUCACAUGUUCAAGUCCCGGAAACAACCUGGUAUAAAUUUUCUUUUUCAGUGGAAGUGAGGGUUCAUUCCAGUAUGGUAACUACAGAAGAGAAGCCGAUGAUUUACGUGUAGUAGUUGAACAUUUUCGUCGGAGUGGGCAUAUCUUAGCUGCAAUUGUUGGGCAUAGCAAAGACAAAUAACUCUAGUUGACAACGUUGAACAAAAAUUAUUCUAGGAGGCAAUGUGGUGCUUUUGUAUGCAUCAAAGUAUAAAGAUGUCCCAAUUGUUGUCAAUAUUGCCGGUCGCUAUAAUCUUGAGAGAGGGAUUGAAGGCCGUUUGGGAAAAAACUAUUUGGAGAAAAUCAAGCAAGACGGAUACAUUGAUGUUCGAAACAAGAGAGGGAGAGUUGACUUCCGAGUGACCAAGGAAAGCCUGAGGGACCGCCUUACAACGGAUAUUCUCACGUCGUGCCAAACUAUCCUGCCAAACUGCAGGGUGCUUACUGUUCAUGGCUCAAGGGAUGAAAUGGUGAGCGUCGAAGAUGCCUUUGAGUUCGCCAAGUGUGUUCCUACACACACGUUGCGCGUAAUCGAAGGUGCAGAUCACGAGUUCACCUCACACCAACGCGAAUUGGCAUCUCUCGUGGUGGCCUUUGUCAUUUCCACUCUUUCCAACGAAGAAACGGGUGAAUCAACUAACGGGACAAUGGAAAGACCGAUUCGUUCGCGAGUCUAAUUGUUCUUGCUAUUGAUCUCACAAAGCAUUAUGGAGCAUAUAUGUAAGGUUAAACUUGUGAUCUAAGUUGUUUCUUAAUCUUAUUAUUGUUGUUAAUGUUGGACAUGGGAGAUAAUGAUUGCUCCAAAUGCCUCUAAUGAAAAUAACAACAGACCCAGUAAAAUCCCACGAAAAAAGACAGAUAUGGGUGCAGGGUUAUCCAUAAACAUAUAUUCACCAUUAUAAUAACGCCAUAGAGUGAUA